GAAAGACAAUAAAAACUGGCUGGAAACUGACCUGGUUUCUUCUAGAAAAUAUCAAGUAAGAGACGACGUUAAGCGCUGAAGAAUCGAGCCUCGAAUAUCUCCUGCUGGUGAGACAGAAACAGUCAGUAAUGUUGAAGCUGGUUUGUCCUCUGCUCCUCCUUUGUUUACUUCCAGCUGUGGUUCCCCUCUUCUGUUACACCUGUGUGUUCCCUGCCAUCUCACCUCUGGACUGCAUCCGAUUUCCUCUGAAGUGUCCACCUGGGCAGCUCUGUCUGUCCAGCAGAGCCGUGGGUCAGAAAGGAGACUUCCGCGUGGUGUUGUACGAGAAGAGCUGCGUCCUGCCCGCCCUGUGUGGAGUCACAGGUGAAAAAUAUGCCAUGGGACUCAACUUCACCUUCACCAAUGAAUGCUGCGACACACACCUGUGCAACAGGGCUGGAACACCUGCUACCCCCUGCUGGACUGGCACACUACUCACACUACUUAUUUCAUACUCAGUUUGGUGAAUAGAAAAUAUUUAAGCGAUGUGAAAGGUUAACACACAUGAAGAGGAGUUACCUUUUCUGCCCUCUAAUAGACUGACACUGUACUCAGUUUCCUUUUCAUAACUGUGCACUAAUCUGGGCUAAACCAUGGUUUGUUUUACCACAAGAGUGGGACAAAAAACUAUA